UGAUGGCGAGUUGCGGUGUGCUGGAAUCACGUACAGAAUUGCUGAAGCGAGGUGAUGAGCCAGCCUGCGUAACUGACGGUAGAGAUCAGAAGAGGCUAAAAGCCGGUGAGAAUGAAAAGGUGGAUGAAGAAGAGUAUGAACACGGUUCAUCAGAUGAGGAUGAUUAUGCAAACGCUGCGCACAGGAGAGCCGUUAGAAAAUACAAGAAGCAGUUUGAGGAAAGCGAUGGCUUUGAAUUUGAUCAAUAUGUUCCUCCAUCUACUCCUGGAUAUUGCUGGGUGCCUUCUGUGGUUCUCGAUGUUGAAGAUCAGAAGCAUAGAAGUCCGACGUUUUUUUGCAAAAAAGCUGUUGCUUUUGCUAUCCGAAAGGAAAACGAAAAACGAAUUCAGAAGGGUGAACCGCUAUUAGAAUUUGUUAGGCUUACAAGGGCUAACAAGGUCUACCCUAAUUGGUUUUUUGCCACAUUUGAGGCCAGGACAGUCCCUGAUGGAACUCAUCAACUUUACCAAUCUCAGAUCUAUUACAGGUCAUGGUAUUUUUAUGAAACUAAUGGUCAUAAUGAGGGUUUGGAGAAUGCUCGUGUUGAAGUGUUCAGGCCUAAACCAGGUUUUUAAUUACUUCAAGCUUUGUGAUUAUCACAACUCCAUGAGCUGAAAAUAGUUACUUUAUAUUAUGUUUCAAACAAUUAAGCCUUCAGUAGAAUUGUAAGACUUCUAACCAUCCACUCUUAUUUGUCAGUUUAUUUGGGAUAUCCAUUAAUAUUCCAAAUUGCAGGAGGACAAGGACAUGUGGAUCAUGGUGAGGGAGAUGGGGAAUUGAAGGGCCUGUUGUAGAGGUUGCAGAUGAAAAUGUACUGGUUGUAGACGACGACGGUGAAGGAGAGGAGGAUCCCGACGGUGACGUAGGUGUAGGAAAGAAUUAUCUUCUUCAUUGUUUCACCGCCAGCAACUGUAGGGGAAUGUAACAGGGGACAGUCUUGCUGUGUAAUGUACGACUGAACUGCUUGUGAUUCUUUGGUUCCUUUAUUUUAUGUUUUGAGUGGAGGUUCUUCUUUUAAUAACUUUUUAUUAUUAAUAUACGGCUUCCUAAAUAGGAGUAAAAUUACUUCUAAAUUCAAUAAGGACCAAGACAUGCCUAUUUUUCAAAAAUAG